UAUGUUUGAGUUGAAAUCAAAAACAAAGUGUACAAAAUUUUAAAUCAUUUAAAAAUUUAGUGUAAAAACGAAAAUUUGGUGGUGCUAAAAAAAUAGUCAUUUAAAAUAAUUUGGUGAUAUUAACAAAAACAGUAUUUGGAACUGCUUACAAAAUUCGGAAUAUACAACAGAAGCAAUGUCCGAACGUCGUGGUACAAAAGCUUUAGAAUUAUGGUGCCGUCGCAUGACAGAAGGAUAUUCAGGUGUUAAAAUUGACAAUAUGACUACAUCAUGGCGAGAUGGUUUAGCUUUUUGUGCAAUGAUUCAUCAUUUCAGACCAGAUUUAAUAGAUUUUGACAAAUUAAAUAAAUCAGAUGUGUACUACAACAACGCAUUGGCAUUUACCACAGCUGAAAAAUAUUUGGGUAUACCAGCUCUUUUGGAUGCCGACGACAUGGCUGCUUAUGAAGUACCCGACAGAUUAUCUAUUCUAACGUAUCUUUCACAAUUUUAUCAAGUUUUUGCGGCACAAGGUAAGUUUUUAUUUUUGUCAUUCCGUUUGUAUCACAUCGAAAUCUGGGUUUUCUGUUGAAAACACAAUAGAAAU